AAGGUUUGAAAUGAUGUGCAAUGGGAACAUGGCUUCUGCACAUGUCGAGAGAUACUGGAUGCAAGAGCUUCUGCAAUAGCUGAGCCUUUCUCACGCAAGAAAGAGGCACCAGGAAUUUCAGCGCUUCAAGAUUAGCUGGGCAUUCAAGCAGCAAAUCAAGCCCUUUGGAUAAUGAAGAAAGAAAAUGGAUGAAGCAUUGCGUAGCCCCAAGCAACAUCGAUGCUAAGCAGGAAGAAAUGUCACCUUACUCCCUGCUCACUGUAAGAAUCAUAAAGUUAAGAAAUGCUCAUCAGGCAGAUUUUUUAAGCCAAUCUGACUGCUACGUGAGCCUUUGGUUGCCAACUGCUUCAGAUGAAAAAUUCCACACCAAAACCAUCAAAAACUGUAGAAAUCCUGUAUGGAAUGAAACUUUCUACUUCCGGAUACAGAGACAAGUCAAGAAUGUUCUGGAAAUUACUGUUUCUGAUGAUGAUAUAAUUCAUGAUGACGACCAUGCAAUUGUGCUUUUUGAUAUAGCUAAAAUUCCCCUUGGGGAAAGAGUAUUUAUGACAUUCCCACUAAAUCCACAGAAAACGGAGGAGCUGGAGGCUGAGUUUUUUUUGGAAAGCAUCCAGGAUCCUCCUGAAACCAUCAUCACAAACGGGGCAAUCGUGUGUCGUGAAGUAGCCUGCUUGGAAGUUUACUUGGACAGCAGGAUGAAAAAGAGGAAUUUUUCAGAGAAUGAGCUAACAUUUACAGUGAGAGGAUCCUUUGAAGAAACCCAGAGAAUUUCAGUGGGCUGUGACUCCUGCUCGCCUCUCCUAGAUCCCACUUUCUUCCACUACGCCAAAUACAAGCAACCCUCCCUGGAUAUCGUACUUGCAAAGAAGAGGAGGCUUCCCGCUUUUUGCGCCUGCGCAUCACGUGGAGCAAGAAGGAGCAGAGUCCCACUGACUAUCCCUCUGAAGUUGCUCCCUUCCGAGCAGGAAGUAGUUGGCGAGCACAGAAAAUUUGAUUUGCACUUUAAGUUGAAAAAAUGCCAGGAAGACCUAGAUGUACGCCUGGGGUUUGACCUGUGUGCCCAGGAACAGGAUUUCAUUCACAAGAGGAAAAAAGUUGUUGCAGCUGCUCUAAAGGACAUUCUCCAACUGGAGGAGGACUUGCAGGAUGAUGAGGUACCUGUGAUAGCAAUCAUGACAACAGGUGGUGGAACCAGAGCUCUGACGGCCAUGUAUGCUCACCUUCUCAGUGUGCAGGAACUUAAUGUCUUAGACUGUGUCUCAUACAUCACUGGUUUAUCCGGCACGACAUGGACCAUGUCAAACUUGUAUGAAGAUCCUAACUGGUCCCAAAAGGAUCUUAAGGAAACACUCAAUGAUGCCCGAAAGCAUGUGCUCAAAAAUAAAUUCCUUACUUGUUUUGCUCCCAAUCGUCUGAAAUACUAUUUGAAAGAGUUGUGCCAGAGGGAACAGGAAGGACAUCAGAUAAGUUUCACAGACCUAUGGGGACUCAUCAUUGAAACCAUGUUACAUGAUAAGGAGGAGCCCCAUAAGCUCACAGAUCAGCAGCAGGCACUAAAUCAGGGUCAGAAUCCCCUGCCCAUCUACCUCUCUCUCAAUGUGAAGGAUAAAAUCAGCGACCAGGAUUUUAGAGAAUGGGUAGAAUUCACCCCUUACGAGGUAGGAUUCCUGAAAUACGGUGCCUUCAUUCAUGCAGAAGAUUUUGGUAGUGAGUUCUUCAUGGGCCGUCUGAUGAAGAAAAUCCCAGAAUCCAGAAUCUGCUUUUUGGAAGGGAUCUGGAGCAGUGUAUUUUCCUUGAAUCUUCUGGAUGCUUGGUAUAUAUCUGUUCAUUCAGAAGACUUCUGGCAUAAAUGGACCCAAGACAAAAUUACUGACAUAGACGAUGAAACCAUAUUCCCUGCAAGACCAAAUGAGCUGGAUACUCGACUGGUUUGUCCCACUGACAGCUUUUCAGAAAUUUUCCGAGAUGUUGCCACGUCACGUCCAGCAGCUUCAGAAAUCAAUAAUUUCCUGAAGGGCCUCCAGAUGAACAACAACUACCUAGAGAGCAAGUUUUCCAAAUGGAAAGACUGUGAGCUUGACACUCAGCCCAAUCAUCUGACAACAUCAACAGACUACCUCAUCCUGAUUGAUACGGCCUUUGCCUUUGCUACCAGUUACCCACCCCUUAUGAGGCCAGAAAGGAAAGUGGAUGUCAUUUUGCAUUUCAACUACAGUUCAGGUUCCCAGACAGGGCCCCUGAAAGAAGCCUCUAAAUAUUUUGCAAACCAGGGAAUUCCUUUCCCUACAAAGGUGCCAGAUGAUCAAGAAACUCCACACCUGAAGGAAUGCUACAUUGUUGGUGACAAGGAGAGUCCAGAAACACCUAUUGUGAUAUUUUUCCCUCUAGUAAAUGACACCUUCAGGGAGUACAAAGCACCUGGUGUGAAACGGAGUCCCGCAGAGAUGGCAGAGGGUGAUGUUGAUGUUGCCAAUACCCGUGGUCCAUAUUACAUAAACAAUUUGAGUUAUUCAGAGGAAGAUUUUGAUAAACUGGUGAACCUAAGUUACUACAAUGUCCAGAACAACAAAGAUUUGAUUCUUCAGGCCUUGCGUACAGCUGUGGAGCGGAAAAAGCGACAUAAGAAAGAGCAACCACUGCGAAAGUACACCCAGUGGUGAUGGUAUAUUGUGUGCCUGAUAGAAAGGAAACACAGACAGCAUUUGGCUGACUGCCCAGUGCUAGGGAAUCUGAAAUAAAAUAUCUAUGAAUCCUGUUAAUGAAGGAGAAAAAAGGAAUUUGAUUAGGAAGUGAAGAAAAGCCAAGAACACUAAGAACAGCACUUUGUCAUAAGAAAUGCUCACGCUUGUCUGUCAGUGAAGGGAAUAAACACAAAAAAACAGAGUUCUUCCUUAAUUAAUUAAUGUGCUUCCCUUGUUGACAGCUCAGGAGAGAGGCUAGGUGAGUCUGUUUUCUGUGUGCUUGCAGAAGUGACCUUUCAGGCCAAAGCAAAGAUGUGUGGACAAGGAAGCAUGAGGAAGUUUACACUGACCAUGUUUGUGCUCUACCUGUGCUAUAAAAAGAGAGGAUUGUUAGUCCAAAAAUGAAGCAAAGAACAAAAUCCAUUGUCUCUGAAGCAAAACCAAGAAGCCCAUUUGUGUACUAAGGAGUUUUUAUGUGAAUGUAAACAAAUAUUAAACUUUUUAUACUAAAACACUUUUUGGAGUCAGAGUUACAGCAAAUACACAUUUUUUCACAGCAAAUACAAGUUAAAGCCAUUUCUUUUAGGUGCUCCUUCCUCUACUAGCAAGACAAUUAAAGACAACAUGCAGACUUAUUUCAUAGCUGCUGAAAAAUAAUUAAAGAAGAAAUUAUGUCUGCUCCAGACUUAGAUGUGAAUUGCCCCAGGAUGCUGGGACCCCUUGAGUUUAGGAUUACAUUGAAGUCCCAUCUCUACAACAACCAACUCACGCUAAUUUCUUUUAUUAAGCUGGAUUUAAAGACCUCAAUAUAUAUACCAAAGGUUUAAAGCUGUAAAGUUUUCAAGAAUAUCACAUCUGAAAAGAGAGAGAGAGAGAGAGAGAGAGAGAAUGCAGAUUUAAAAUUAUAUACCUAAUACUAUUCACUCAAAUGUGAUUUUUUUUAACUUGCUGGAGAGUAUGGCAUUAACAUCCAACUUUCUGAUGCUUUGGUAACCUCAUUAACAUGGCUCCCUUCAAGUAAGCAAUCUCUUUUCCUGACAGAUGGAAUCCCAAGCCUCUAUUUAUUCUUUUUCUAAAUUGAUUUUUAUGCAAUGCCAUUGAUUUAUUUAUUAGACAUCUUGUAACUACAAGCCCUUGUUUCCUACAGGCUCCUCUGCUCCUCUGUUCUGCUGUAGUGCUUUUUGUCAAGAGAUCCUGUUAUUGUGGGGCAAAAAAAUGGAAACCUUACAAAUUCCUUUGUCCUCAAGGUGGAGAGUCUCUUCCUGGGUGGUGCAGAGAAAUAUAAUCUUUCUGUUUUCUGCCUUUCACUUAGGUCAGUGAAUGCUCGUCUCUGGUACAUACUGCAGCAGUCCAUACAGCUCCAGUACGGGCUAUAUGCCCAGGGUUUACCUCCCAUGGAAACGAGAACAGAGAUGGCAAUUGUGCUUAUGCAUGCUGAAUCCCAUCACAAUAAAGGACGGGAUGUAGCCAGAGGGCAUAGCUAGACCUGGGAAUUUGGAAGCACUCCCAGGUUCCCAUAUACAGUUAGGGCUUUAUUGUCUGAAGAGCAAAAAUUAUCCCAGUGACAGCAGGAAGCAUCUAGGCAGGAAGCCUGAAGACAAGCAGAACGAGGUGUGUGUCUGCAAACACUUCCCUGCCCUUCCUGCACCUUUCCAGUAGCCAUAAUGAGGUCACGGAGAACAAUGAACACUUCACUUCAAAAAGCAGACAGUGGAACAGAAAUAAUUAUUCAGUAUCUCCAGUUCUCUCUAUUCAACGAGAACACAGAGGAUAAUGUCAGGGCUGAUCAAAGAGGUGGAACAGCUUCCACACAAGGGGAACAGAUAAGGAAUCUGCAACCUAGAAAAAGGGCACAGGAGUCAAAGGCAGAAAAAGAGAUAUACAAAAUCUGGAGUGUUCAUCUGGCAGACAACUGUGAACCUCUCUUCAAAUACAAGACUUGGAAAGGAUCAGACAAAACUAGCAAGCAGCAUGUUCAAAGUUAACAGAGUAAGGUAGCUCUGCACAUCACACGUAAUUAAGUUACAGACCUCUUUGACCCCUGUUGUUGAUGAUAAAAGUGCAUUCAAGACAACUGAUUAUUAGUGAAACCUUAAGGACUAAAAAAAUACAAAGGCUCCACAUUUGCCUCACGCCUGCACUGAAUCAUCAAUUCCCAGAGGCUGGGUGGACAGUCUGAGACAGCAUCGUACCUACCCUCUUUCUGUGAUGUAUUCCAGUCAUUAGAUAUUGGAUGCAUCAAAGAAAAAAAAAGGAAAGCAGCCUCACCCUGCACUGCAGUACUUGCAUUCUCCACAGCUCAGAUAUUUUUGCAGAUAAUAAAUGAUCAAGAGUAGUCACAACUCCUAAAGAUGUGGCGAUACAAAAAUCAUUUGCAAUAAAUUAUUGAAGUAUAAUUCAGAGAUGAUGUAAGUAACUGCAAGGAUAACUUAAUUACCUAUGGAUUAAUCUAUGGGGAAAAGUCAUGAAAAUUAGACAAAUUCAAAAUCAAACUUUAAAAAGGGGAUUUGAAAAAUUAGGAAGUCAGUCAGCAAGAGACCCUUCAUGAAAUGGUAUAAAAUCUUUAGACUCAGCAUGGAAAUUGCAACAAAUGAGUUGCAAAACAUACACAGCCAUAAAUAAAAUGUGAAGCAAGGAACCAAGAAAAGGCAGAGUGGUUAAAUGCUCAGGACUGAGCAUUAUUAAAGCUUAACAUCUGUUCAUUGAGGAACAGCACAGGAAGGAGGGAGUAUGGAAACGGCAUAUCUAAACCUGCUGAUGUAUUUAGAAAAGAGCUGAGGCAGUUAAAGAAAAGGUGGUAUGGAAAAGUAUUUUAAAGAAAAGUAGAUGGAAAUUAGGUGGAAAAAAGGUACAUAGCUAGAAGAGUUAAUAAGUAUAUGUGCUGGACCAGCGAGAAAAAGGAUUUAAAUUGUGAGGAUGUUGCAAAGGAGUCACAGCCAUAAUUGCAUAACGCAAAAGAUACACGUCUAACAUAAAGUUCGCACAGAAACUCAGUAAAAAAUCCCCCCUUCCUUUUUUUGGGGGGGAGCCCAAGCUUUUGUUUUCUAAGUAGUAAGUGAGCACAAACAAACUUUCGUCAGAGAAAAAAAAUAUUUAUUUUACUGUUUUUUUCAAUGUUUUAGUGAAUAUGGUAUCGUGUUCAUUAAAAUAUUUUGUAAAAUCAGUGGAAAAGGUGAUCCUCCCACACGGCUUAACACAAUACCACGAUCUAGGGGUAAAACCAACAGCCACAUCUGCUAAGCACGUCCCACACCAAAAUUUCAACGUUAUACUAAGAAUUUUCACUGUGUUUAAAAGAGUUGCCUAAUGUAUCUAAACCCCAGGGCGCUUAGUCACCCACUUCUUUGGCAUCCAAAGCCAGCAACCAUCAUCAGAAAAACACGAAAAGCAUUUGGGCGAUUCCAUGUUCCAUUUGGAGCUGUCAAACAGUUUCUGUAUUUUCCUUUUGAAUGGAUGAAAUUUUAGCACAGAAGAGCAGCAGGUACAAUUAACCUCCUGAGGCAUAUUAGUGGCAAACAGAUAAAUAAAUAAAUAAUAAAUAAAUUCUUCCAGUUCUGAAA